UAGUAGUAGUAAUAUUGUAUCACGGUAUUUUAUAAUAGAGCCUCAACUUAUACUAGUCUUGCCUGAAAAUCUCUCGUUUUCUAUCAUUCUCCCAUCCUGCAGGCCUGAGCCCAGAGAAAUGUAAACAAACGCAGUCAGACUUGAUAUACGGGUGAAUUUGUUGCUUUUUAGAGCGGCAGUGGAUCUCUACAUGGGUGAGGUGGCGAGGGGCGUGGCCAGGGGGCGGCUAGCAGCGUGUGCCACCAGGGAAAUGUGUAUGAACAUAAAAAAAGGCGCCCGUCAAGAAAGGCACAGAUGCAGGGUGGUGAGGCAGUGUUCAUCCCAGGGGCACACCACACAGGGUCAGCAACACAGAUGGUGGUGGAGAGGCACCUGUGGGACGCCCAGGGGAACACCAAACACAACCUUGACAGACAGAAGAGUUUAUUGAUGAAGUGUGGAAGAAGAGGAGGAAGGAACAAUGAUAUUCGACCAGCUGCGGCAUCUGGGGGCUUCACUUGACUGGGACAGCUGGGACAUGGAUGCAGCGAGAGACUGGCCUGUGUGUCUGUCUGUACAUCCGCACACCCUUGACCUCCAUGUCCACCCAGCAGGAGGAAGAUCUGGACACCUGUUACUCCUCUGGUCCCUCCCUUUGCCUCGCUGGGCUGGCCAGGUCAGGGGAGGGGAGAGACCAUGCUCGCUUCUACGCAACGACCUUGAAGACGGGUCACGGCAUCCUCUUCUGGGUGGCUCAGGUGGUCAUGCCGGGACUCGACUUGACGGGGUGGCUUUCCUUUGAGACUGUGCUGCUGCAUGGCCUCCAGGGUGAUGGUGGCGGCCACAAGACGUCCAAGUCCUGGGGCAGUGUGAUAAACCCCCUGGAUGUCAUCAGUGGGGCGUCCCUGGAGGUGUGUGACUUGCCGGUGCUGUGUGUUCUGUACUGGUGUUCAUUGGGUGUGGUGAGCAGUACCUUGACAGCAGGUACUGUGCGAGAGGGUGGAGGGGACCCUGAAUGCAGAAGAGGUACUCGCUUGUGUCGUAUGAAGUCCCCCACAGGCAUCCCAGAGUGUGGAGCUGAUGCCCUUCGCUCCACCCUGUGCUCCACCAGCUUCAGGAGUCAGUGUGGCAUAGAUAGAUGUGGAUGACUGUGGUGUCUUGUCUUGUGUGGAGUUACAAGAACCGUCACCCCAAACAAUGAGUGGUGGAGGGUGCGUUCUGCGUUGACAGCCAGCAUGAGCGGUGACAGGAGCCAUGGGUGCCUUGCCUCCUCGCACCACCACUCCUGCCAUCACCUACAAGGGGGAGACUGUGAUGUGGCUGCAGGUGGAUAGGUUCGGAGGCCUCCAGAGAGCUGCCCAGAGUGAAGCUUGUGGUAUAGAGGGACAGCUGCUGAUUAUCAAGCUUAUGGAGUGACUGGAAGAAAGUGGGAGGAGCCUGGAAGGAGUGGUGGAGGUACAGUACUUGGAGAAAAUCCCUCCACCAUGACGACUGGGUGUCUGCUGUACAGUCCACCGACCAAUGGAAUUGCUGUCUGAGGUGUGUGUGUGUGUGUAGAAGCCAC